AUGGCGAGAGGAGCUAGCGCCCGCAACGUCGAGUUUGCGACCGAGGUGGUCUCCUGUCGGGAGCCCCGUGACGAUGAGCUCUCCGUCAUGGAACACUUCGCCAAGCACGCGGCUCGCUGUGAAUACUGCUACGACCCAUACAAGGCCUACAGAGAAGACAGACCUCUAUGUCGAAAUGGCCUGUCAUAUGCAAAGGAUGUCGCCAACUACCUGUACGCCAAAGGUGGAAAGCCCUUUUCCCGCAUCGACAAAAUCAAUGGGCAACGGGUCCAAGUCCGCGUCCCCGCCGGUUGUGAAGCCGUCGACCUGCUCAUCAAGGCCUUUGACAAGGGUAUGAAGCUGGACUCGACAAGGGUUGUUGUCGUCGAGAACACCAAGAGACCUGAGGCUGGUGAGAAGCCGGCAGCCAGAGUUGUCUCUCCUGUCUCGCCCUCGAGACGGAGGGAGUCCCCUAGUGAAGACCGACCGCGAGAAAGACGCUAUGUCCGCAACGACUACGAUGUGGUGGAAAUCAUCCCUCACUCCAGCCGGAGGGACCGACAGGAGAGGAUCGUUUACCAUGAUGACCGUGCUGAGGAUCGAACGCGGUAUCAACGCCGGGAGAGACCCAAGUCGGUCGCCUACACCGGGGGAAAGGGCAGUCUGUAUGUCCUAGACGAAGAGGAGAGGCGGCGGCGAGAACGGUACGAACGCCAGCCUGUGGUCAUCGUCGCUGAGCCUGGCCAGCGGUUCACCACCAGGCGGUGA